AUGUCUUCGUCAAACAGCAGCUCAACAUGCACGCCAAAGGUUCUGAUGGUGAACGACGAUGGCCCGCCCUCCUCGUCUUCACCGCACAUUCUCGGUCUCUACGAAGAGCUCACUGCGCUCGGGUGGGAUGUCAGCGUCGUCCUUCCCUCUUUUCAAAAGUCAUGGGGCUCCAUGCAGUUCUCGCUCCAAGGACCCGUCGCAUACUGGUACUACUAUCCGCUCAAGGACAACUUUGAUGGUAAGCACCCUGGCACAGCCGAGUCAUGGUCUGCUACUCGUCGACCGAUCAACCGCGAACGAGGCGAGAUUGCAGAAUGGGUCCUCAUCGAUGGCUCGCCAACCACUGCCUCCAACUCAGGACUGUUCAAUCAGAAUGCAUUCUUCGGAGAGACAGAAGAGCAGAGAGAGGCACCCGCUAGCACCACGACGCCAUUUGACUUGGUCGUCUCGGGACCCAACUUUGGCAGGAACACAGGCACAGCAUUCGCGUUGUCGUCUGGUACAUUAGGUGCUGCCUUGGCUUCUUCAUUAGCUGGAGUCAAGAGCAUCGCUGUCUCGUUCGGCCACUUCACCGCCAAUCCACCAACUCUCGUCGAUCGCUCCAAGGCAAGAGGUCCUGGUCUCCAACCAACGGAGUUGCGGAGCAUCGCAGCACAGGCCAACAAGCUCUCAGCUGACCUCAUCCAGCGCCUGUACGUCAACUGGGACAAAGAACCCGACGUAGGAUGCUACAGUAUCAAUGUUCCGCUCUGCGAGACAGUCACAAAGCCCGAGGUCGUCUGGACGCGCAUCUGGGAGAAUCGCUACGGUCCACUCUUUGCUGCCGAGUCCACGGCCAAAUAUCUGGCUCCACCAGCUCCACAACCUCCAACAGCACCGAAACCGGAAAAUGUACUCCACUUUGCACCCAACAUGGCAUCCCUGCUCGGUCCAAAGAAGCUACCUGAAGGAACAGACGUGUGGGCUAUCCUCAACGGUUUCAUCAGCAUCACGAGGUUGAGACCUAACUUCAUGGAGGUGGACAAGGAUGGAAGAGGGCUGGAUGUGCCCAAGAUUGCUACUGGCGAAGAGGUGAAGCAGCAGGGACAGACGAAUGCGGCUCAGACGGAUGCUCAGCCAGCCCUUGAGCAGAACUUGCAAGAUGGUCAGGAGGUCGGUAAACGAUGGCGUCUGUAG